CUUGCGGGCUCCUGCAUCCUUCAGACAUCUACUUCGUCUUCAGUCCUGCAUCUCUUGGCCAAGAUGCAACAGACUGGGCCACUUCUUUCAUUUCACACACCAUGGACAAUUCCAAAUUGAAAGGUGGAUUCAGGGUGAGUGCUCCUCCACACCCUUUCUUUUUAGUACACACCUGAAAAUCGUGUAAUUCUCAAAGUGUGUCUUAAAGUAACAUUGUUUGCUGGCGAUAGAGAUUACAUUUUGAACACGGUUGCAUUUUUAGAUUUUGCAAUGACGUUCUAUUUAAAGGAGUUUUGAAUUCUUUUAGCACACAAAGUCAUUAAUUCAUUACACUUACAAAUGACAUUGAUGUCACGUCUCAUUUUAAAGGGUCAUAACUAGUUGCUGUUUGUUUUUUUUUAAUAUGAUUAUAAAACCAUCCAAGGCAUCGAAAACUCAUAAACUGAACAUGGAGGUAUGCUAACUGCACACAAUUGAAAAAAAAUGUAAGAUGUUUAAAUAGCAUUUAAAAAUGCAGCCCGGAGACAGCUUUCUGAUAUAUGUGGAGGAUGUCAUUCUGGUACGUCACAUUGCCAAAAUUGAGAAGCUCUGAUAAAGGACACAAACAUUAUCUAAUAUCAAAUAAAUCUUUUAUAUCAAUCUGUAAUUCAUUCAAGCGGGAUUGGGGGGGGGGGGUGGCAAAUUUUGAAAAACAUUUAUGAGACCUACGCUCAUGAAUUUUCAGUAUGGCGUCGUUUCCGCUUGCAAUUGUGAUGUUGAUGAUGGUUUAUAUUUGGACGACGACGUCAAUUAUAUUAAAAGAAAAUUGCCGUUAUACAGAUCAUUCUGGUACGUCACAUUGCCAAAAUUGAGAAGCUCUGAUAAAGGACACAAACAUUAUCUAAUAUCAAAUAAAUCUUUUAUAUCAAUCUGUAAUUCAUUCAAGCGGGAUUGGGGGGGGGGGUGGCAAAUUUUGAAAAACAUUUAUGAGACCUACGCUCAUGAAUUUUCAGUAUGGCGUCGUUUCCGCUUGCAAUUGUGAUGAUGAUGAUGGUUUAUAUUUGGACGACGACGUCAAUUAUAUUAAAAGAAGAUUGCCGUUAUACAGAGAGAGAAAGUUGCCUAAUAUUCUACAGGUAGGUUCAUAGCAUUUUUGUACCGAGUCCUCGAAAUACGUGUGAUAGACACAGUGGGAAAAGACUGGAUUCAAUGAGACGUUUCCUUACUAUUUAUAUAAAGCCAAAUUCCAUUCUCCAACUCACUUACUGAUCGAGGGAUAGUAAAAACGACAGCCCAAUGAAGUUGGAUUGUUCAUGGUGAUUCCUCUUAUAAUCUAUAGCGGCGGUUCUCAAUCUGUGUGUCGCGAAUCCUAUUGGCGGUCGAACAAACCUUACUCAGGAGUCGUUUAAGACCAUCGGAAAACACAUAUUUAUGAAGUAACAACUAAAAUAAAUUUUUUGUUUGGGGGGGGGGGGGGGGGGGGGGGGUCCCCUAAAAGAGAGAGCUUUCCUUUUUUUUUUUUUUUUGCGGAAUUUGAAAGGUUGCGAACCACUGAACUAGAGGUAACCUAACAAGUUUUUUUUUUUGUUGUUGUUAAAUUCUUUUAUUGGCUUUAAUUCGCCUAAAAGGACCAAACAUUGUUGCUAUUAAUGAUUUGUUUCCUGAAUGUGUAUUAGGUUUAUGUUUAAGAAUAUUUGGUUGCUUGACCAACAGUGUUUUGAAUUCGAGAUCAACUGAUGAAAUCUGUUGUUGUUAUAUAUUAGUUUAUAUCAUUUUGAGUGCUUAGGGAUCCUAGAAAACUUAAUACUUUCAAUGUCUAAAUGUUCAAACACUAAAACUAAAGUCAAUUUGACCUACCUUAGCAUCCCGUCUCUUGAUCCGUGCUUAGUCAAUAUCAAAUCACGUAUAGUUAAGGCUGUCACUAAACAGUAUGUCACGUAGGUUCUGAGUCGUCGUGGCUUGUCGUCAGAUGGCACAGGGAAAACAUUUAGUUAAAAUGUUGCUUUCUUGUUUUCAUUAUUGACGCUCCAGAUGGCACAGAGAAAAUGCUUUCAUUAAUCGGUUGAUUGGUAGAUUUUACUCUUGACGCUCCAGAUGGUACAGGGAAAACUCUUUCAUUAAUCUGUUGGUUGGUAAGUUUUACUCUUGACGCUCCAGAUGGCACAGGGAAAAUGCUUUUAUUAAUCUGUUGAUUGGUAGGUUUUACUCUUGACGCUCCAGAUGGCACAGGGAAAAUGCUUUAAUUAAUCUGUUCGUUGGUAGGUUUUACUCUUGAUGCUCCAGAUGGCACAGGGAAAAUGCUUUCAUUGAUCUGUUGGUUGGUAGGUUUUACUCUUGACGCUCCAGAUGGUACAGGGAAAAUGCUUUCAUUGAUCUGUUGGUUGGUAGGUUUUACUCUUGAUGCUCCAGAUGGCACAGGGAAAAUGCUUUCAUUAAUCGGUUGAUUGGUAGGUUUUACUCUUGACGCUCCAGAUGGCACAGUUAAAACGCUUUCAUUAAUCUGUUGAUUGGUAGGUUUUACUCUUGGCGCUCCAGAUGGCACAGGGAAAACGCUUUCAUUAAUCUGUUGGUUGGUAGGUUUUACUCUUGAAGCUCCAGAUGGCCCAGGGAAAAUGCUUUCAUUAAUCGGUUGAUUGGUAGGUUUUACUCUUUACGCUCCAGAUGGCACAGGGAAAACGCUUUCAUUAAUCUGUUGAUUGGUAGGUUUUACUCUUGGCGCUCCAGAUGGCACAGGGAAAACGCUUUCAUUAAUCUGUUGGUUGGUAGGUUUUACUCUUGGCGCUCCAGAUGGCACAGGGAAAACGCUUUCAUUAAUCUGUUGACUGGUAGGUUUUACUCUUGACGCUCCAGAUGGCACAGGGAAAAUGCUUUCAUUAAUCUGUUGAUUGGUAGGUUUUACUCUUGACGCUCCAGAUGGCACAGGGAAAACGCUUUCAUUAAUCUGUUGACUGGUAGGUUUUACUCUUGACGCUCCAGAUGGCACAGGGAAAACGCUUUCAUUAAUCUGUUGACUGGUAGGUUUUACUCUUGGCGCUCCAGAUGCACAGGGAAAAUGCUUUCAUUAAUCUGUUGGUUGGUAGGUUUUACUCUUGACGCUCCAGAUGCACAGGGAAAACGCUUUCAUAAAUCGGUUGAUUGGUAGGUUUUACUAUUGACGCUCCAGAUGGCACUGGGAAAAUGCUUUCAUUAAUCGGUUGAUUGGUAGGUUUUACUCUUGACGCUCCAGAUGCACAGGGAAAACGCUUUCAUUAAUCUGUUGACUGGUAGGUUUUACUCUUGGCGCUCCAGAUGGCACAGGGAAAACGCUUUCAUUAAUCUGUUGAUUGGUAGGUUUUACUCUUGGCGCUCCAGAUGGCACAGGGAAAACGCUUUCAUUAAUCUGUUGAUUGGUAGGUUUUACUCUUGACGCUCCAGAUGGCACAGGGAAAACGCUUUCAUUAAUCUGUUGAUUGGUAGGUUUUACUCUUGGCGCUCCAGAUGGCACAGGGAAAACGCUUUCAUUAAUCUGUUGAUUGGUAGGUUUUACUCUUGGCGCUCCAGAUGGCACAGGGAAAACGCUUUCAUUAAUCUGUUGAUUGGUAGGUUUUACUCUUGACGCUCCAGAUGGCACAGGGAAAACGCUUUCAUUAAUCUGUUGAUUGGUAGGUUUUACUCUUGGCGCUCCAGAUGGCACAGGGAAAACGCUUUCAUUAAUCUGUUGAUUGGUAGGUUUUACUCUUGGCGCUCCAGAUGGCAAAGGGAAAACGCUUUCAUUAAUCUGUUGGUUGGUAUGUUUUACUCUUGACGCUCCAGAUGGCACAGGGAAAACGCUUUCAUUAAUCUGUUGGUUGGUAUGUUUUACUCUUGGCGCUCCAGAUGGCACAGGGAAAACGCUUUCAUUGAUCUGUUGAUUGGUAGGUUUUACUCUUGACGCUCCAGAUGGCUCAGGGAAAACGCUUUCAUUAAUCUGUUGAUUGGUAGGUUUUACUCUUGACGCUCCACAUGGCACAGGGAAAACGCUUUCAUUAAUCUGUUGAUUGGUAGGUUUUACUCUUGACACUCCAGAUGGCACAGGGAAAACGCUUUCAUUGAUCUGUUGAUUGGUAGGUUUUACUCUUGACGCUCCAGAUGGCACAGGGAAAACGCUUUCAUUGAUCUGUUGCGUGUUAGCUUACGAAAGAACAGAAACUCGCGAUUUCUGUAGAUGCCUCAUGUGUAUCCGAAACUUUCUUAGGCUGUGGAGAGACAGCGCCCUCUGCCUUUAAAACUGGCUCUCAACUAAAAAUCACUGUUCGAAUUCAUUGUGCAACAUUUCGAAACUGUGCAGCAGCACAUCUCAGGUACUUUCGGGUGGGAUGCAACUCGUUGGUUUGGGAUGAGUUCACCAUGGGUCUCAACGACGAAAUAUAACCAUUGUACAAAACUCAUACUGAAAGGCACUAACCGUCUUUCCGUGAGAACGCGCGCUGUUAAGAUCAAAGCUUGUCUUUACGUCGUCCCACCCGUGACGUAAAGACCAAGUACGAUCAUUGCCAGUCAGCACGAGGGUACAUCUCAAAUUCAAAUUUAAUUCACGUGCGUUCCCAAACUCCCUUCUCCAAAUUGGAAAUGAGAAUUUACGUGAAGAUAGUUUUAGACUCUACGUUCCGGGUAAUCUCUCAGAGAUCUAAGCAAAUCAGUUACCUGUCACCUUGUUAACCAGCUCUAAAUUCUAAGGGUGGUGGUGGACACAGAUGGCUUCGAUGACCCGCAACUCAAUACUUAAGUCUUGUAGGGAAAUUUUUUGUUACUUCUCAGCCAAUAGUAUGGACUCAUGGUUGCACUUAACAUUUCUUUUUAAAAAACAGCCUUUAUAUUUUUAAUGCUUUAACUUUUCAUAUUAUUUAUCAUACUUCUCAUUCUCUAUAACACAGCUGCUGAGAAAUAGUUUUCGGCUGGUAAUGAUGUCUUAUUGAAUUCAUUCUUCUUUUUAAAGACGUAGUGGCACGGGUUGUUCGUGUAACUGAUUUAGCUGUUGUAAUUUACCACGAAUCCACAUCUUGCAUUUAUCAAUAGGAAUCUACAACCGGCUGCUAAAAUACCGUUCGUUACAUAUAGACUAUGCAACCUAUUUCACUAAAUGUCAAUGUUUACUCUUUUGUUUAAUUCCCAGAAUCUUUCCAAAGUUGGCUUUACCAGAACCAGAGGUGCGAGGGGUUGUGCUAAUAAGGUGGUUGUUUUGUUUACAAGUCAGCAGGGGAAUUUGAGCCCAUACAUCUGGUCCUUGGCUAAUCAAAAUGUUAAGGUACAAGAAGAAGAAAUUGUAAUUUAAAAAAAAACUAUUGUGAUUUUCUUAGUCGAAAUAAAAUAAAUAAAUCCCUAUGUUAGAAGAUGGGUGGGCAAAAUUAUUUUUAGACCUCAGCUUUUUUUUUCUAAACUUAUCAAUAUCGAUUAACCUAGUUGUAACCCGUCACUAAUGAUGCACGGGACAUUUUUCAUCAACAGAACAUAGUGUUAUAAAUUGACAUGAUUGAUUUAAGAAAAUCUAAUUACAGACGUUACUUGUGCAUCAUUAAAACAUACUAUCCCAGGUGUUCAUUAUUGAUCAUGAACUAUCAAUUGCAGGUGUAUAUAGCUGACCCCUCGUAUUCCGGUGUAGCUGUAAAGGGCGCUUUGACCUUGUCUGGUCAGUCGAUAGCGCAACAGGCCGGACAUCUUAUCAAACAUCUCUGUACUCAACCCCUAACAUGUGUGUGAUGCCUACUGGGUCGCCGUGGUUCCUGGUGAGUUGGUGGUGGGGUGGGGCAGCGUCCAAUGAAGUGGGGCUGGGAGAUCCCAAAAUAUAAUCUCCCAAUAAUCUCUAACAAUGACAAUGUAACAAUUCAUAAAAGUGCACAUAAUGGGAGUCGCUUAGUCACUUCCUUGUGUGGUCACGUGAUGAGAGUAAGCCAUCACUAGGCUGCUACACACAACAAAAGAUACUUCAUCAGUGCUUCCCCAAUGUCAUGUUACUUAAAAAUUUUACCUUUCGAAAUAUUCUGGAAUACACGUGUUUUUUAAAUGAAAUACAUAAAUGUGACAAUAAAUACACGUCAGUUAUGAUUAAAGGACGAAAGUUAUUUCAAGAAAAAUUUGUGAGCGAUAUUCGAUGGGAACUAUCAAUACUAUUAUCGGCAGGCUUUUGUUGAGCUCCGUGCGUGCUCAUGACGUCAUUUUGCGUGUUUAUUCAAUAUUGCUGCAGGAGUCAUUCCCCUUUGUUUAUUUUAUUGUUAAUUUUCAUUGGAGGAAAUGUCGUGUUACCUCUUGCUCAGUUCGACAGUGAUAUUUGAUGAGGCUGUGUUUACGUGUGGUGAAUUCUCUUUGAAACUAAUCCAGUUUAUUCUAUUUUGCUUACAGCCACUGCAAAGAGCUGAUCCCACCUUUCUAACAGAGCAGUUCAACGGUG